AUGGGUUGUGAGUCUGACUACCUGGACCGGAAACUCAGCGAGAUGUUCCGGCGUCUGGGUGGGUUCGUGGCCCAGCACCCGUCGCACUUUAUCAUAGUGCCCGUCCUGUUGGCUGGCCUCAUGAGCACCGGGUUCCAGCGCCUGAACCACGUGAGUGACAUGGAGUACCUGUUCGCACCCGCCAACAGCCCGUCUCACCAGGACCGCGACGUGUUCCGGGCCUUUUUUCCCGUGGACACCAACGGCAGGUUCCAGCCCGACCGCCUGACUGACCCGACCCGAUUUGGCCAGGUCCUUGUGUUCGCCAAAGAUGGCGGUAGCAUAUUCCGAGAGCGAGAAUUCGCAGAGGCCGUUGAGUUGGACGCUCUGGUGCGAAAUAUCAGCGUGGAUUUCUUUGGCGAAAUUCGCAACUACGACACCCUUUGCGCCCUCUGGCGUCAGGACUGUUUCAGCAACGACGUGCUCAAGCUUCGCGACGUCGUCGGUGACGUUGAGUCGGGCGCUGUCAACCUGACCUGGCCCUUCUUCUUCCACCCCGACACCUUCGACACCAUCAUUUUCCCGGGCUUCGUUGGCACGCCUGUCCUGGCUGACGAAGAGUCCCUCAUGGUCUCGUCACCGGCCAUCAAUUUGUACUAUUUCGCUGCCAUGGACUCGGCCAUCUCUCGUAAACGCGCUGACUUGUGGGAGGACAAGUUCAGAGCAGAGAUGCCCAAGAUCAAAGAGAAGCUCAAGUUCGUGGACGUGUACUGGUAUUCGAGCCUGACCAACGACACGGAAUUGGUGUCGACGAUCCUGGUCGUGAUCCCUUAUUUUGCCAUCACAGUCAUCGUCAUGAUCGCCUUCUCCGUUGUCACGUCCAUGAUGAGGGACUGGGUACAGUCGAAACCCGUGCUCGGGGUCGUGGGUGUCGCCUCGGCGUGUAUGGCGACCGCCGCCGCCUUCGGGCUCAUCAUGUAUCUCGGGGUGGAAUUCACGGGCCUCGUCAUGGCCUCGCCUUUCCUCAUGCUGGGUAUCGGAAUGGAUAACACCUUUGUUAUGCUGGCUGGCUGGAGAAAGACCAGCAUUCAAGACUCAGUGCCUACGAGGUUGUCUCAUACCUACGCCGAAGCCGCUGUGUCAAUCACAAUCACGUCUUUGACAAAUUGCCUGAGUUUUCUCAUUGGCAUUUACACUCCUUUCCGAGCUGUGCAAGUUUUCUGCAUGUACACAGCUUUGGCAGUUUUCAUGAUUUAUUUAUACCACAUCACAUUCUUCGGAGCUUGGCUUGCAUUGACUGGAUAUUGGGAAGAAGAAAAUCGGCACUGCAUUACAUUGAAAAAGGUGCUGCCCUUGACAGAAGCUGGUGACAUGAGCAGAAGUUACCAAUUGUUUUGUGCUGGUGGUGUCAGCACAAUGGACAAGCAUGACAUGACUAACCAUGCGCUGAUGAGCUUCUUCAAGAACCAGAUGGCCAAAUUUCUCUGCAUUCCUGCAAUCAAGGCACUGAUUAUCAUGAUCUUCCUGGCCUACUUGGCAGUCGGUGGCUGGGGGAUAACCCAGCUCAACGAGGGCUUGCAGGCAAAGCGACUCUCCAUGGACGGCUCUUACUACAUCGACUAUUUCGACAAGAGUUCCGAGUACUUCCACGGGUUCCCGUUCCGCGUCAUGCGUGGCAUUCCGCAAGGUAAAAAUCUUUGGGGGAAUAUUACGAUCAACGAAGACGGAACGGAAAUCGUGGCCUCGCGUUUUGUUGUGCAAGUUAUCAAUUUGCCAGAUCUGAACCAAGUUCAGAAGCCCAUGUUGGCCUUGAGGGAAAUUGCGAAGAAAUAUCCGCAGUUCCACAUUGUCUCCUAUCAUCCUCAAUAUGUUUUCGCCGAGAAUUUCGUGCUGGUGCGUGGAACAACCCUGCAGACAGUGACCCUGGCAGCAGUCCUCAUGUUGGUCGUCGCCCUGAUCAUGAUCCCGGCGCCCAUGUGCGCCAUUUGGGUCGGCUUCUCCAUCAUCUCCAUCGAAGUCGGCAUUCUCGGCUACAUGACCUUCUGGGAAGUCAGUCUGGACACCAUUUCCAUGAUCUGCCUCAUCAUGUGCAUCGGUUUCUCAGUCGACUUCUCCGCCCACAUCUCCUAUUCCUUCAUGUCGUCCGACGGCGCCACGGCCGAGCAGAAAAUCGCGGACGCCCUCGAAAAGGUCGGCCUUCCGAUCGUCCAGGGCAGCGUGAGCAGCAUUUUCGGCGUCAUCGUCCUGGGCUUCAUCCCGGCCUACAUUUAUCGAACCUUCUUCAAGACCGUCUUCAUGGUCAUGCUGUUUGGAGCGUUACACGGCCUGCUUUUGCUGCCUGUCCUGCUCACCAUUUUCGGCAACCUGUUCGAGUCGAACAAGAGGAAACCCUCGACGGCGGCGGCGUCGGCGGGCACGCCCGAGGUCUUCGUGCCAGCACUCUGGAACCCCGGGAAACCCGGGCAGCACCAACUCCCGCAUCACCUGCACCAAUUCCCCAGGGUGUCACUCACCAGUUACAACAGCAACCAGGGACUCGCGGGUCCGCAUUUGGACGAGUUCGGGGAAUGGCGGUCGGCGAGACGGAUUCAUCAGCACGUGCAAAAGCAGCAGGAGGAGUUGAGAAAGCAGCAAGCGGGGGGAAAGCGAUUCGGGAAUAAGAAUAAGGCGGCGUUGCAGCAUUCGCCGUCGACGAGCGAAUCGAGUUUGGCGGCGCCGAGGAGAGUGUCGGCCGUGUCGGCCGCCUCAACGGCGUCCGUCGUCACGCCGGGACUAGGAAAGUAUCUGGCGGAUCGGAGGAGGGAAAGUGCGUUGACCCACGAAAGUGUCAGUUAUGUCAGGGACCCGUAUGACAGCUAUUAUUGAGUACUGUGUAUAGAGAAACAAUUUUCUGAAUGUUUUCUCUUUUCGUUUCUUUAAUUCCUCCUCCGUUUUCUUUUUUUAAAUGCUUCCCGAAAUCAGCUCUUUAGUCUUUCAAAAAUAUCUGUAUUCCGCCAGAAAGAUUCAAGGAAAUUCUGAAUUUUUCAAACACCCUUUCCAUUAUUUGUGUACAGUAUAUGGACGAAUAAUUUUACAAAUACAUGUUUAACGUAAUACACAUGCUGGAAUAUUUAAAUUGAGCAUAUACGUACAAGUUUCAUGGCAACCCUGAGAUUCAUAUGCUAAUAUAAUUUUUGCUGCACAGUUGGUUUGAUGAAAAAAUCAUUUUAAUUACAUUCAUGGUCACAGAAAGAAUCCUGAAAAAAAACUCAAAAAGUCUUGGAAAUCUGAGGCAGUAAGUCAUUACUUUGCAAAUAAGUUAUGUAUAUUCAGAAUAAACUGAAGUAAUGUACUUCAAGGCUUCAGCAUAUCUUUAAAAAAUAUGGAGUCUUAUGUUGGAGAUGAAGAAGAUCAUGAAGUUGAAGUUUGACAAAAGCUAUGAAGUUUUAUUUUUAGUUUUAAACAAGAUGGUUAGGUUCAUUCUGUGGAGAAUGCUGAUAUUUUCACUGGAAAUUUUCCAAUUUCUCAAAGGAUUUUGGAAUGAUCAAGGAAAAGCAGCAGGAUAUUGUUUAUAAAUCAUAAUUCAGGAAUCUUCUCACCAUGCAAAACGAUUUUGGGGCUUCAACAUCGGCCAUUCUAGAUUUUUUUAUGCGUUUGUUCAGAAUACAAUAUAAUUUACCAACAAUGAAGAUUUUCAGAUCUACAUAUCUUCAUACUGUGCUUCAAUGCUCAGCUCAUAGAUGGCAUGUCUUUUGCGCAGAUUAGUUGAAUAUUGUGCAUGUGCAAGAGCAAAUAAGUGGAGUAUUUUAUAGUGUAGAGCAAACUUUUCUAUUGGCAUUUUCAGUUGAUGAGUAGUUGGUACAAAUGCAACCAAACAGUGGAUUGGCAGUGGGUUGUAAGAAAUUCUUCCAUUUUCAACAAUACGUUAGUCUAAGACAACAAUCUCAUUUAUCUGCUUUUCUUGCAGAACCUGUGUCUAAAAAGUAAGCACAAUUUUCAGAAUUUCUUUGCAAACAGAAAUAAAUGAGCAAUAGUUUUCCCCACUGAACUUUUUAUUGGAUCAUAUUUAUUGGAAAGAAAAGAAAGGGCAAAAAGUUGUUAAAACCAAAAAAAAUGAAUUUGAAAUCCAACCCUGUGUCUUUUUUUCGCGCUUUCUGGUGUGCUUGAUGCAGAAAAGGACUUGUUUUUUUUUUACUGUUUCGUCUUUUUUUUAAAUCAUAUAUCUAGCUUGUUUUUGUUUGAGUAAGCAUUCAGAGCAAAUCGCGGAUUGCAAAAACGAAAAGAAAACUCCAUCAGCCAUCGGAAUUCAUCCGAGAGUGUAGCUCGUGAUUUGCGCGAGAUGAGGUUCAUUCUGAAUUUUAUUUGACAACGUUUCCUCCUUUUAUAUCAAUUUUUGUUCUAGGCCAGAGAAUCAAAUCGUGUGAAUUUUUUGUCGAGCGCUGAAUCAAGAGUAAUUGUGUGAUGGAACGAGAGAACUUGAGCAAAGUUUUUGAUCUCAAAGUAAUAAUUAAUUAUUCCCUGCUUCCCCCGUGUGUUUUCGAGUAAUUCGUCGAGUGCUUAUUUUAUUUGAAUGCUUGAUUUUUUUGCGGUGAGUUGGAAAAGAGAGAAAUAAUCAGCGAGGAUGACGUGUAAAAGGGUUCGAUGAAAUUUUUCUUCGAUGGCAGCAACUGUUUGCGGUU